AUGAACACCAAUGUCUGCGUGGAGCCGGGGCCGAGCCCGGAGGCCCCGGGCUUGCCCAAGGAGAGCCACCUGCCCGAGGGCGCCCUCAACAGCCUUGUGGAUUACAACUCGGAGAUGGAGCGCUAUCGCUCCUUUGCCACCUCCUUCUACAAGACCAACGGGGGCGCCUUCCCGCAGGCGGCCAAGAUCGCGCGCAUCACCACGCCGAUCUUCCCCAGCAGCGCCGCCGCCGCCGCCGCCGCCGCCCGCAUCGGCAUGUCCCCCUGGAACUGCGACAACGCGGCCACCGCCGCCGCCGCCACCGCCAUGCUCUGGGGCAGCGGCGGAGGAGGAGGAGGAGGAGGCGGAGGAGGAGGCGGAGGAGGAGGAGGGGGCGGCGGCGGCGGCGGCGGCGGGGGGGGGGGCAGGAAAUCCUCCUCCUCCUCCGCCUCCUCCUCCUCCUCCUCCUCCUCCUCCUCCAUCCACCCGGGCAGCGGCGGCAGCAGCAGGACCAGCAUGCACCAUCGAAACGACUCCCAGAGGCUGGGCAAAGCUGGCUGCCCGCCAGAGCCGUCGUUGCAAAUGGCAAAUACUAAUUUCCUCUCCACCUUAUCCCCUGAACACUGCAGACCUUUGGCGGGGGAAUGCAUGAACAAGCUCAAAUGCGGCGCUGCUGAAGCAGAGAUAAUGAAUCUCCCUGAACGCGUGGGGACUUUUUCCGCUAUCCCGGCUUUAGGGGGCAUCUCAUUACCUCCAGGGGUCAUCGUCAUGACAGCCCUUCACUCCCCCGCAGCAGCCUCAGCAGCCGUCACAGACAGUGCGUUUCAAAUUGCCAAUCUGGCAGACUGCCCGCAGAAUCACUCCUCCUCCUCCUCCUCCUCCUCUGGAGGAACUGGAGGAGCCAACCCGGCCAAGAAGAAGAGGAAAAGGUGUGGGGUCUGCGUGCCCUGCAAGAGGCUCAUCAACUGUGGAGUCUGCAGCAGUUGCAGGAAUCGCAAAACAGGACACCAGAUCUGCAAAUUUAGGAAAUGUGAAGAGCUAAAGAAAAAACCUGGCACUUCACUAGAGAAACCGCCUUUGCUGCAUGUGAACAAUGUGAAUGGAGUUCAGAACCCUUACACUUGCACCACAACCAGCACUUUACAAAGUUGCUGGAAUACGUACGAAACAUUUAGGAAUCUUCCUCUAGUAGAGAACACCUGUUCCCAGCGCUGAAGCAUUCCGAUGGUUCUUUUAAAGGUGUAGUGUAUC